AUGCCGUAUGACAUGGAUGCUGGGGAAGAUUUCGAGGCUGAGAUUAACGCCGUCUCGGAUGAUUCUGAUUCUGAUGGAUCUGAUGGUGAAGUAUCUGGGAGCGACUUGGAUGCAGUAAGGACGGUCCUGGCUGUCCCUGGGCCAGAUGCACAAAUGCAUGAUGUUCGAAAGGCCCUUGCGGUAGCCCAGCAAGCUUACCAUGCAACACGUUCUGAACUACGGGUCCUCAAGAAACAGUAUCUCACUCUUUCAUCUGCAAUUCCUGCUCGCAGCCGCAACCGCAUGCUCAAGAAGACGUCUCCACUGGAUUCCAGCAUCACCCACCAAGGACAGAAGUAUACCCUGUUUAGUCAUUUCUGGGUCAUAAACGGUCUGUUUCCGACUUCUCCUCAACCUGCUAAUGUCGACCCACGCGCCGCUACACGUUGGAGCUCUCCCGAUGCGAAGCUUAAAGGUGCAAUGGCUGAGCUGUAUCAGAUCAUACCUAAAGACUUGCACACCUCCAUGGAAACCUAUCCACGUUUCGGAUCAUUGUUUCGUUCGGCAGUCAGCUCCGAGAGGUCAAACAUUCUGCACAGUAUCAAGGAUUGUGCAGGUGUUAUAUUCUCUCCUUUCAAGCUCGACCCCAGCAUCUUUGCCGACCAGCCUUCCAAAAAGCAGGACAACAAGGAUCUCCUUGUCCUGCUCAAGAGGAAUGGAGAGGGCGAUUACAUCCGCCUUGCACCUGUGCUAUUUGCGAAGCCCAAUGCUAUGUCAGCCGAUGAUUUCCUCAAGUCUCCAGUGCUCGUCAAAAUUAUUCGCGUUGAAGUGUAUGGAAAGGCGAUACUUGGUGGGAAGACAAGGGGCCAUCCAAAGGGCAGGGGUCUGCGAAUGGGUGCGCAGAGUGUUACUGAGGGUAUGAUUGCUGGCGCUGCUAUAUUGGCACGUUUCUUGUUAACGCACGAUACCGAGCUCACUGCGACCGGAGCAGAGACGAAGAUCGAUUACCAGAAGGAUUACGACUUCUAUCUGGAACGCUUAUUCAAAAGCUCUCCAUGGGCAAUUGGCGUGAUGGAAUACUUCAAUAAGGAAGUUUUCAACACCCGUGCAGCGCUAUUGAGUGCACCCGCAUCCGUUGUACCCUCUGCCUCCAUCCCUCGCACCUGGGAAGAUGACCUAUUGGAGGAAUUGGAUAAUCCUGUUGCUCGUGCACCCUCGCCAACUCUUCCUGUUUUCCGCGCACCCUCGCCGGCUCUUUCCAAUCUCUCUGCUCUUUCUGCAGCACCUGCAGAUCCUACCACCCAGGAUGACUGUAUCAUUGUCUCAACAUCAAUGUCAAUCAGCCAGCCACGUGCCGGCGUGUCUUCUACGCAGCUACAGGUGGAUGUUAGUCAGUUAUCGCUAACUGAUCGUGAUUCUUCGGCAGCGCAGACUGAACCAGCAGGUGGAAAAGCAUGGCGUCGGGGUCGUAUUUCAGCUCAGCCUGUCCCUGCUGCUGUACCAGAUGUUCCGAAACCCAAACGCAUUAGCACAUGCAGCAAGAAACCAACAACGAGGUGA